AAUAAAUUUAAUCAUUUGGCCGGUGAACGCGAAAGGAACACGGACGGAUAUUUUAGUCGAAUAGGACAAGUGAAAAGUUUGUGUAUUUAAUUUUUGUGGGAAUAACCAAAGUUUCUAAAUAAAAACCUAUCAAGAUGAUGCGAUAUGAAGGUGACGAAAAGUUGGCUGAUAAUUCAGCCUGUGCUGGUGUCAGGGCAGACUUAAAAAUGUGCCUCCUAGAGAGCGAUUGCUGCAAAAAGGACAGAAAGACUCCUAGACAGUGCCUGCAAUCGAACGAUGUUCCGGAAGAAUGCCAGGUGUUGAGAAACACAUUUUUCGAGUGCAAGAGGUCUAUUUUGGACAAUAGACAGAGGUUCCGUGGACGUAAAGGGUAUUAAAUAUUUGUAUUCUUUUUAAAAUAAGUUACAUCAAUGUUGACAAAAAAGCAAAAUUCUCAUUCUCAGCAUAAAUAAAUUGAGUUUUGUGAAGUUUUCAUUUUCA